AUGGUUGCUUCCUUGUUAAAGAUGAUCACUUUGUUCGCUCUGUCUUCCCUUCUGAUCCUUAACGGAGCCAUCGGCGAUCUGAUAUGCGAGGAGUUGCCAGUAGAGCUGUGCGCCUACUCGAUCUCGGACACAGGGAAAAGAUGCGUGCUGGAGAACUACUUGGCCAGGAAGGGGAUGGUGAAGUACCAAUGCAAGACAUCGGAAGUGGUGAUGGAGACGAUGAGCGGAUGGAUCGAGGCAGAGGCAUGCAUCAACGACUGCGGCCUUGACAGAAACGUCGUCGGGAUCUCUUCUGAUUACCUCCUCUCCCCCAACUUCGUUGCCAAGCUCUGCUCCCAGCCCUGUUUCAGCUAUUGCCCCAACAUCCUCGAUCUCUACUCCAACUUGGCUCAAGCUGAAGGAAUGAACUUGCAUGAUAUCUGCAUCAGGGGAAAUGCUGUUUCUCGUCGCGCAUUGUACAUUCUGCCCAAGAGUUCAGGCGGUGUUGAUGGUGGUGCUGCAGGAACUGCUGGGGAAGGAAAUGGAGCAAUUGGAGCCCCAGUCGGUUCUCCUCUGUCUUCCCCUGCUUUUCCUUUUGCGGAUGAUGGUUCUACUACUGCAUUUGCUUCUUCGCCUGACAACUUUUGA